GGAAAGUCUCUUCCGGCCAUCAAGUGUAGGUUGUCGAGCAGCAGUUAGUAUAGUAACCGUAGAGAGUCGACCUCAGUUUUUUUUCCCUGUGUGUCUGUGGAUCAGUGAUUGACGGUGCCCGUUGGGAUAAUUAACCAACUAUAUAUAGAUAAAUAGAUAGAGCCGGUAGGAUUGUUCAGCGUUAAACCUACCACCGUUAUAUAUCCUAAAACAUUACAUUCCAGCGGUGCUCGUAAAGGAGAAGCGAACAGACUUCUUUUUAUAUAUAUUUUAACUUAUUUCUCUUCCGCGCGAUGACUUCGGGAGGCGAUUUCGGGAAUCCGCUGAGGAAAUUCAAGCUGGUUUUCCUGGGCGAACAGAGCGUGGGGAAGACUUCAUUGAUAACGAGGUUCAUGUAUGACAGUUUUGACAACACUUACCAGGCAACCAUUGGAAUAGAUUUUUUGUCAAAAACUAUGUAUUUGGAAGAUCGAACAAUACGGCUUCAGCUCUGGGAUACUGCAGGCCAAGAGCGUUUCCGUAGCCUUAUUCCCAGUUACAUCCGUGAUUCAGCCGCAGCUGUAGUAGUUUACGAUAUCACAAAUGUAAACUCCUUCCAACAAACCACAAAAUGGAUCGAUGAUGUCCGAACAGAGAGAGGAAGUGAUGUUAUCAUAAUGUUAGUUGGGAAUAAGACUGAUCUUGCUGAUAAAAGGCAAGUUGCAAUCGAGGAAGGAGAAAGAAAAGCCAAAGAACUGAAUGUAAUGUUUAUUGAAACUAGCGCUAAAGCUGGCUACAAUGUAAAACAGCUUUUCCGGCGUGUAGCUGCUGCCUUGCCUGGAAUGGAAAGCACACAGGAUAAGAGCAGAGAAGACAUGAUCGAUAUAAAACUGGAAAAGACUCAAGAGCAACCAGUCAGUGAGGGAGGGUGCUCUUGCUAAUAUUGGCUCUAUAAGCCACUGCUUAUUUGUCAUUACCAUCCACCACAGUGUGAAUAUUGGCUAGUAAUCUUACCCUGUUGGUAAAGUAUUGCAAUUCAUCAUUGCUGGCUGUCUUGUAAUUGAUCUAUUAGCUUCACUAGCACAAACGUGGAGAAAAUGUCAGUGUCUUCAUUGGAAAUAAAUACAAAAAUAUGUAAUUGCCAAAACUCAACUUGCAUCAGUUUACUUUUAAUCAGAAGACACAUUUUGUUCUUUGCGUUGUAUAAUAUUGCACUUUUAAUGAUGGAAUUCUGUAACUGUUUAGUGUAAAGGACAGUUUAUGCAGAUAACAUCUGAAUGCUAAGUGGCUUUAUGACAGUGACUACAUUAUCUGAACAAUGAGACACCAGUGAAUUAGACCUUUUUAAUUGUUUUAAAUGAUAGGUUUCUCAUUGUGAUCUGUUGACAAAACUAAAUUUCUCAAGGGUGCAAAGAGAACUAAAAAAACUUAAUUUACACCAAACAUCUCUUAAACUUUACAAAAAUCUGUUAGUUUUAACAGUUCCAGUUUGUGAUAUAACACCCAAAUCAUUGUGUGCAUGAUUCAUCUAUAAUGCAAUGUUGAGUUCCUUUUUUAGCACGUUGAGUCCAGCAUCUUUUAUAAAAUUCUGUCACAUUGUUUGGUUGUGUACACUAACAUGGUGAUGGCCACUCAGAUGUGCGUUUUCAAAUAAUUAUGCACUGUUUCCAGCUAAAUGAAUUUGCAUUGAAUGGGCAGAAAAAGAUCAAAAUCAACCCUUUGUGUUGUGGAUGGUGGAAAGUUCUCUUUGCUCACUUGCGCACACGUAAAAUUAAAAUGUCAUCUAGCAUACAGAGAUCACUUCAAUUGUGCAUUUGAAGGAAGGAAAACUUUCACAUGCAAGACUUGUAAAAUUAUGCAUCGUUUAUGCCUUUUUUGUUCUAGGGCUUCCAUAUUGGUUAGAAGUUUGUAAUUCUGUGUGGUUUGACUAACACACCCAGAAUAUAAUUUAGCAUUUUUAUUUAACUUGGAUUAUCUCCCCACUUUUUAAUUUAUUCUGUACUCCAGUUUUUAAAUCUUUUAGAUUUGUGUGACCAAUUUUUUUUUUGUCAUGUUAGGUUUUACUUCAUGAACACACUAGCUUUAUUUUACAUGUAACAUUCUUUCUGAUCUAAGUAUCUGAAGUAUGUUUAGACUAACUGGUUGUGGGGUGGAGAAACUGUUUCCAGUUAAUGCUGUACACCACUUAUUCCUAUCGGAGAAAGUAUAAACAAAUGGAACUGUCAUGCCCUCCAGUUGGGAUUUUUGCAUCCUUUAAGUGCCUACACCCAUACGUUGUUAAAGUAGGGCUGCAGGUAUGGUUGGUCUCAUCAUUGCUAAGAAUCAUAAUUCUGCCUUACUUUUGGUGUGGCAUUCAUGGGCAUAGCGAUGUCCUAGUUUUCAUGAGACAUCUAUCAAAGUUUGGGAUUUUGCCUGGAAAUGGCUGCUUCCCAGCCUUGCAUGCCAGAGCUGUAAUGAUUUGCUUAUCCAUUGUUAGGUUACUAAUUUUUUCAUAAUUUUGCUACUGAAAAUACUGUAAGAUGGUGUGGCUUGGGUUAUUUUUUUCUAUGUUUUCCCAUUUGUAUUUUUUAUGUAAAAACAUUUUUCUUGGGAGUACAAGAAAAUAACACUAAAAUGAAUUCUUUUUCACCAAAAUAUCUAAAUAGCUAAAUAAAUAAUUAUUAUUCAAGUUCAACUGAGGAAGUUCUUUGACCAAACAAGAGCAUGCUGAUUUUUAUUAGAACUUCUUUAUACACUGACAAAACUAACAAGCUUGUAAACACUGUUUCGAGAGCAGCAUUUUUCUCAAGUAUGAUUUGAAAAUUCUUUCACAAAUUGAGCUAUCAAAGCUUCUGUGGUGCAGUAGUGUGCAGUUUCAGUAGUACGGUUUUUGAACAGAAUAUGGCUUAUUUGGCUUGACUGUUGUACCCAUGCAACUGUAUAUUCAUUACUACUUUUGCGUAUGUAUUGUUACUAUGAUAACCCUUGAAGUUACAGAAAAAAUGGAAAAAUUUUUGUCCAAAAUAUCACUAGUACCUCAGCUCUGUUUGAUAAUGUAAAAUAAAAACCCAAAGCCUGAACAAAAUAAAACACCUGCCUAUUCAAAGUA